ACACCCUGUGCUUCUGUGUGUUUUGCGGGCACCGAGGUCCCUCCCUGUGCGCAGCCGGGGCCAGAGGCAGAGACGCCAUGACCCCCACUCUCAUGGCCCUGCUCCUCCUUGGGCUGAGUGUGACCCCCAGGAUCCGAGCGCAGGCAGGGACCGUCUCCAAACUCUCCAUCUGGGCUGAGCCAGGCCCUGUGGUCCCGUUGGGUCACACUGUGACCAUCUGGUGUCAUGGGACCUUGAAUGCCCAGGAGAUCCUUGUGUAUAAUGAGGACAGCCCCAUGUACGUGAACAGACAGCCUGAACUGAAGCUUAGGGACAAGGCCAAGUUCUCCAUCACAACCAUGACAGAGGCAUAUGCAGGACGGUAUCGCUGUUACUAUCAAAGUCUCUCUGGCUUGUCAGAACACAGUGACCCCCUGGAGCUGGUGGUGACAGGAGUCCAUGGCAAACCCAGUCUCUCAGCCGUGCCCAGCCCGGUCGUGACCUCAGGAGAGAACGUGACCCUCCAGUGUGCCUCAUGGAAGGUAUUCCACAGGUUCGUCCUGAUGAAGGAAGGAGAACCCAGGCCCUCCUCCAUCCUGGACUCCCAGAGACACACCGGCGGGCACUUCCAGGCCCUGUUCCCUGUGGGCCCCGUGACCCCCAGGCUCAGGUGGACGUUCAGAUGCUAUGGCUAUUACAGCAACACCCCCCAGGUGUGGUCACAGGCCAGUGACCCCCUGGAGCUCCUGGUCCCAGGUGCAUCCAGGAAGCCCUCCCUCCUGACCCAGCAGGGCCCUGUGGUGUCCCCUGAACAGAACCUGACCCUCCAGUGUCGCUCUGAUGUAGGCUAUGCCAGAUUCGCUCUGUACAAGGAGGGCUCACAUGACCCUCCCCAGCACCGUGGCCGGCAGCCCCAGGCUGGGCUCUCUGGGGCCGACUUCCCCCUGGGCCCAGUGAGCCACUCCCUUGGGGGCCAGUACACAUGCUAUGGUGGACAUAACUUCUCCUCCAAGUGGUCGGCGCCCAGUGACCCCUUGGACAUCCUGGUCGCAGGACAGCUCCCCUCCACGCCUUUCCUCUCAGUGCAGCCGGGACCCACGGUGGCCUCAGGAGAGAACGUGACCCUGCUGUGUCAGUCCCAGAGCCCUGUGGACACCUUCCUCCUGUCCAAGGAGGGGGCAGCCGACCCCCCCCUGCAUCGUAGAUCAGAGGUCCGAGCUGGGCAGCACCAGGCCGAAUUCUCCAUGAGUCCUGUGACCUCAGCCCAGGGGGGGACCUACAGGUGCUAUGGCUCACACAGCACCUACCCCUUCCUGUUGUCACCCCCCAGUGAGCCCCUGGAGCUCCAGGUCUCAGCAUCCUCUGGAGACCCCGGGCCCUCACCCACUGGUCCCAGCUCCACAGCUGGUCCCAACUGGCACCUGUACGUCCUCGUCGGGGCCUCGGGGGCCUUCGUCCUGCUGCUCUGCCUCCUGGUGCUCCUCCUCGUCCGACGCCGGCGGCAGGGCAAAGGCAGGAAGCCGGGGCCCGCAGACAGAGAGCCCAAGGACAGAGGCCUACAGGACAGCUCCAGGCCAGCUGCCGCCGCCCAGGAGGAGACCCUGUCAGACGCUGCCGUGCAAGACACACAGCCUGAGGAGGGGGUGGAGCUGGACCAGCGGCAGAACACACAGGAUGAAGGCACCCAAGGAAUGCUGUGUGCCCAGGUGAGCCACUCAAGGUCAAGACUCAGUCAGGGACGGGUCACGUCUCCUCCCCCGCUGCCGGGGGCAUUGCUGGACACAGAAGACAGACAAGCAGGGGAAGACAGGCAGAGGGACAGUCAGGCUCCUGCAUCUGACGCCGCCCCUCCGGAUGUGACCUAUGCUCAGCUGAACCACUUGACCCUCAGACGGGAGACGAGUGCACCCCAUUCCUCCCAAUUCGGGGAGCCCCCAGAAGAGCCCAGUGUGUAUGCUGCUCUGGCCAUCCGCUAGCCCAGGAAGGACCCACACUCCAAGGAAGGGACCCGCAAGGUCCCCAGGAGGCACAGGAGCUGCCCGCAGAGGCCACCUAACAGCCCCAGCCAGGCUGGACUCCUAACAUAGACCAGUAGGAUCUCCUGGGACCCGCUGGGAGUCACCAGAUUCUGCCAUCAAACAUAGCAAGUGCCCCUGUAUUUUGGAAAUAAAGCAACGGACUUCUCAGUAAUCCAUGAAUGAAAUGAGAAAACCAAAAUGGAAAUGAGAAAAUAUUUACACUGAAUGGUAAUGUAAAUGUUACCAUCAGACCUAUGGCACACAAGAAAAUUAAGAACCAGGAACGAACAUAUUAGAAAAGAAAAAGCCUAAAACGUCAAUGACCCAAACUAUUGUACCAAUAGAAAUAGAAAUAGAAAAAAUUAGCAAAUUAUUACAAAUGAAGGUAGAAGGAAGGAAAUUACAGCGAUAAGAGUGGCUACUAAUGAGGACAAACAAAACAUAGAGCAUAAUCAAUAAAGCCCCAAAUGCUCAACCUUGAAAACAAUCAUGUUCAUAAAUCCUAGCCUCAAUGCCAAGACAAAGACAGAGAAAGGGGGCACACAUUAUCAUGUGAGGACAGGAUCACAUCCUAUAGACUUUAAAUACAUAACAGAAUGUAUUAUGUUUAUUUUUAUUACUUACGUUAUAUUAUGAAUGAUUUUACACUAGUACAUUACAAAAUGUAGAGGAAAUGGACAAAAUCCUUAAAAAUGCUAUUUACCAAAAUGAUGGAAUAGGGAUAAAUAGAAACUCUGAAUGCUGUAUGGAUAAAAUAUGUUGAGUACACAAUUAAAGUUCUUUCCACAAAGUGAA